GCAACAGACAUGGGACUGUCCUUUGCGUGAUUGAGUCGAGUGAAGAUAUUGCGUUUCGCUACCACCAGGUUCGCCGCUCGUAACUCUUGAUCCGCUGUACUUUAUGACCCAAAGUGCACUUCGUGGGGAAGUCUGCAUUUUGUUUUCAAAGAUGGAUUGAGAUCAUCAUAUUCCACCAGCAACUCGGCAGAACACGGCGGCUUCAAGUGGAGGAUACAAAGCAGUCCAGACACCAUGAAGAGCCUUAAAAGAGGUCUGGCGGCCGAUCCAAGUGCGACCAACAUCUCCAGCAAAGUCUUCGUCCGGUCCACGAAGAGCGGUCGAGUUCAAAAAGUUGUGAGGGAACAAUAUCUCAGGAAAGAUAUACCCUGCUCCUCGCAGCUUUGCUCGGCUUGUGCUUCUACAGCAGCAGCAAAUGCAAGCGGAGUUGUCCCCAAAUUCAUCCUCUCAAAGCGACCAACAGGCACGAAAGCCUUUCGCGAUGGCCAUUACCUUAUACCCGAUACGAAUGUCCUGCUCAGCGGCAUGGACCUUUUCGAAGAGGCGGCACAUUUCCACGAUGUGAUCAUCCUGCAAACAGUCCUCGAAGAGUUGAAGAAUAGAAGUCUUCCACUUUACAACAGAUUGAUGGCAUUGACUCGCAGCGAAGAGAAACGCUUCUACCUCUUUUUCAAUGAAUUCCGAUCCGAGACCGCAGUACGCCGAGACGAGGGAGAGACCAUCAACGACCGAAACGAUCGCGCUGUACGAAGAGCUGCUGCUUGGUAUACAACGCAUCUCGCAAAGGUGACGAAGAAGCCUCCUGCGAUCGUCGUUCUUACGAACGAUCAAGAGAAUAGGAAGAAAUCCAAGAAAGAAAGCCUUGUUGCUCUGUCACUUCGGGAAUAUGUGGGAGGCCUCGACGAUGCCGACCGUCUACUUGAUAUGGUCAGCCAAGGCGCGGAGGGCCAAGAGGCCCGCGAAGCCCAUGGCGAACUGUUCUAUCCUGAGUACUAUUCUAUGUCCAGGAUGAUGACUGGAAUCAAAGCUGGCACUCUACACCAGGGCAGCUUUCAUGUUUCACCAUACAAUUACUUGGAGGGAACAGUGAAAGUGCCUGCGUUCGACAAGCCACUCUUGGUCCUGGGUAGAGAGAGCAGCAAUAGGUCAAUCUCUGGCGAUGUGGUGGUUGUGGAAGUACUACCGAAGGACCAGUGGAAGGCCCCUUCAACUCAGAUCCUCGAUGAAGAAGCACUUAACAAGAACGACAAUCCUGACGACGAGGAGCAGGAGCAAAGCGUCGUUACCGAGACUGAACGUCGCGCUCUCCAAGAAGACGUUCGACGUGCACAUACGGCGGGCGCAGAGUCUCGUGCACAGCCUACAUGCCGCGUUGUGGGAGUCAUGAAGCGAAAUUGGCGACAGCUCGUUGGAACCAUUGACUCUGCUUCAGGGAACACAUCUGGCAAUCGGCAGACCACCGUCUUCCUCGUCCCUAUGGACAAGCGCAUUCCCAAAAUCCGUAUUCGAACGCGACAAGUCGAUGAACUGAUAGGCAAGCGAAUCGUCGCGACAAUAGAUUCCUGGGAUCGCGACACCAGAUACCCUGUCGGCCAUUACAUCCGGUCCUUGGGCGAACUGGAGACUAAGGAGGCAGAAACUGAAGCCCUACUUCUUGAGUACGAUGUACAGUAUCGUCCGUUCCCAAAAGCUGUGUUGGAUUGCCUGCCGUCGGAGGGCCACAACUGGAAAGUGCCUGCCGAGCAAUCACAUCCUGGUUGGAAGGAUCGACGGGACUUGCGAGACCUUCUCAUUUGCUCGAUAGACCCUCCUGGGUGUCAGGACAUUGAUGACGCUCUUCAUACGAGGAAACUCCCAAAUGGCAACUACGAAGUGGGUGUCCACAUUGCAGAUGUGUCACAUUUUGUCAAGCCCAACAAUGCCAUGGACACCGAGGCUACUUCUCGGGGUACCACAGUCUAUCUUGUCGACAAAAGAAUUGACAUGCUGCCGAUGCUUCUGGGCACUGACCUGUGCUCACUCAAACCUUAUGUUGAGAGAUACGCGUUCUCGACACUCUGGGAAAUUACCCCAGACGCGGAGGUUGUAUCGACAUCCUUCACAAAGUCUGUCAUCCUGUCCAGAGAGGGCUUCUCUUACGAACAAGCGCAAAAGCGAAUUGACGACACUUCUGCAAAUGAUGAGCUUACUCAAGGUAUGCGGGCGCUACUGUCGCUGUCGCAGAAACUUCGUCAAAAGCGUAUGGAUGCCGGAGCGCUGAACCUUUCAAGCCCAGAGGUCAGAAUCGAGGCAGACAGUGAGACUUCCGACUCUUUGGCCGAUGUCAAGACAAAAGCACAUUUGGCCACGAAUUCGCUGGUUGAGGAAUUCAUGCUGCUUGCCAAUAUCACGGUUGCUACAAAGAUCCAAUCAGUCUUUCCGCAGACUGCACUGCUUCGGCGGCAUGCCACCCCUCCUGCUUCCAACUUUGCUGACCUUUCUGAGCAAUUGAAACGCAUGCGAGGCUUUGAAUUGGACGUGUCAAGCUCCAGAGCCCUUGCUGACUCACUGGAUCAAUGUGUUGAUCCUCAACAUCCAUUCUUCAACACUUUGAUUCGAAUCAUGGCGACGCGCUGCAUGACUUCCGCGGAAUACUUUUGUAGCGGUUCUCACGCAGAGCCCGAGUAUCGACAUUAUGGAUUGGCCAGUGAGAUCUAUACUCACUUUACAAGUCCUAUCCGUCGAUAUGGUGAUCUGCUCGCCCAUCGUCAACUGGCUUACGCGAUCAACUAUCAAGGCGAGGGGAGUGAGGUUGUGGAUGAUGGACUGAGGAAUAAAGGUAAAUUGGAAAGAGUUUGCCAGAAUCUGAACUUCAGACACAGGAAUGCCCAGUUGGCAGGCAGAGCAAGCAUCGAAUAUUACGUGGGACAGGCACUGAAAGCAAGAGCGGAAAAGAAGCCAGAUGCGGCCAUUGAUGUGGAAGGCUAUGUCAUGCGCGUGUUUGAGAACGGAAUCGUUGUUUUCGUGCCUCAAUUCGGCAUUGAAGGGUUGGUUCGCCUCGAAGACUUCCAGUUGAAGGGCACGGCCGCGGAGUCUAGGAGGGAGAGUACUUUCGAUGCCGACAGAUAUCGGCUGAGUAUGUUCGAAAAGGACCAUGAGGAGCAAGCAGUCACCGUGGAGCUCUUCCAGCAACUUCGGGUGAGGGUCAGUUCAGAGGAGAAAGGUGGCGCACGAGAGAAGGGUAAACGACGAGUCAGAAUAGUCGUUUUGUAGAGCCCGGCUCGUCCGAACGUGAAUUAUGAUGCCAUCGAUCUCUGAUCUGCACACAGUCAAUCUCGGGCGAACAGUCCCUUUUUUCUG